GUUUAGCGUCUCGCUAUGCGACGUUGCCAACUUUAUUGACUUAAGUACAAACGAAGACAAAACGUACGCGCGUGGAGUGGAACUUACAGCCGGUAGCUUUUUGGUUGAACAAUACACAAAAGCUCGAAGAUUUUCAAUUUCUAUAAAAAUAAUAAUAAAUCAGAACGAUGUGCAAUAAGUGAACAUAUGAAGUCUUUGUGAUAAAAACAGAUUUGUGUUAGCAGUGCAAGUGAUCUAAGUGAAAUUAAAGUAUUAAUAACGAUCGUUGCGCUCGUAACAUAUUGGUAAAAGGACAUGAUUUUCAUAAAAUACGCACAAAGAAUAUAUUGAAGUACUAGCGGGUGGAACAUAAAGAAACUGGUUAGCCAAAAGCGGCGAUUGAAACAUGGGGGACAGAGGCGCGACGGGGGGCGCUUGGGGUGCGCGCGACGAAGCCUCGUGGUGGCCGGGUGGCGCAGGUGAACUCCAGCACCAACAACAAAUUAAUGAAGAAAUCGCUAGGAGUACCGCCGCAGCCACCCAUCAAUUAUACACAUACAAAAUGACCGGCGGAUUUUCCAAUAACAGCGCAGAUAAUUCUACAGCUAGUUACGAUUACCGAUUAAUUUCAAAUACGAAUACCAGGGAGCAAUCACCUCAGCAGCCAUGGUGGUAUGCAUCAGGCUCAGUUGAGUCUCAACAAACAUCUUCUCCAACGCCUCAGAACCAGUCGAGCCCCGACCCUGAUCAGGGCAGUCAGCAGUCUAACGGCAUUCAGCAGAACCAUCAGGUUCUCCAACAACAACAACAGCAGCAACAGCAACAGCAGCAGCAGCAGCAGCAACAACAGCAGCAGCAGCAACAACAACAGCAACAACAACAGCAGCAACAACAACAGAAUCAGCAUACUCAACAACACACGCAGACUCUUCAGCAGACUCUGCAGCAGCAACAGCUGCAGAGCCAGCAAACUUUACAGCAGAUGCUGCAACAGCAUCAACAGCAACAACAGCAGCAGCAGCAGCAACAACAGCAGCAGCAACAACAACAACAGCAGCAACAACAGCAGCAGCAACAACAAGCCUUGCAGCAGAGUUUGCAGCAAACUCUGCAAGUCAGCCAAGCGCAGGCGCAGGCGAUAGUGCAAGCGCAAGCGGUUCUGCAGCAGCAAGUCGCGCAGACGCUGCAGCAACAGCAACAGUCGCUGCAUGAGCAUAUGCAAGCUGUCCAACAGCAGCAGAUACAAGCUGCUCUACAGCGACAGUCGGCCACUUUGCAGGAGCUCCAGCAACAAGCCCAACAGCAAGCUCUUGCCCAAGGCCCAGUAACAAAGACCAGAAUGCCGCGAGUGAGGCCUUACAACAAGCCUCGCGGGCGUAUGACGGCGUACGCCUUCUUCGUGCAAACUUGCCGCGAGGAGCACAAGAAGAAACACCCCGAUGAGAACGUCGUCUUCGCUGCCUUCUCCAAGAAGUGCGCUGAGAGGUGGAAUACGAUGUCCGAGAAAGAGAAAGAGCGUUUCCACGAGAUGGCCGACCAAGACAAGAUGCGAUACGACCGCGAGAUGCAGAACUACGUGCCGCCUAAGGACGUUAAAGUACGCGGGCGCAAGCGGCAAGUGAAGGACCCGAACGCGCCCAAGCGAUCCUUAUCAGCGUUCUUCUGGUUCUGCAACGACGAGCGUCCCAAAGUGAAGGCCAACAACCCGAUGUUCACGAUGGGCGACAUCGCAAAGGAGCUGGGUCGGCUGUGGGCCGCUGCUGAGCCCGAGACCAAGUCCAAAUAUGAAGCGCUCUCUGAACAGGACAAGGCGCGGUAUGAUCGGGAGAUGACAGCAUACAAAAUGGGCCACAUGCGUUUAACGUUAGCGGCGCAACAACAGCAACAACGGCUACCGGAAGAUGAGGCCGAAGAAUUCGACGCAGAAGCCGAUUUCGACGGAGAAGCGGCCACAGCUUAAGUAGAAGUAGGCCGUAACCAGCGCUGGAAACCGGUUUUCUAACAACCGGUAUUUAAAGGUAAAACCGGUUUCGAUCGUGCUUAGUUCACAGCCGUAUUUUCAAUUCGAAGCUUUAUUUAGGUUGCCUGUUUAUGUAACUGUGUUAACCUGUAUUUUAUUAAGAUUACUGGUACCCUAAAAGGCUUGGCGCUGGACAUGUUUGUCAAUGAUAGAUUUUUGAUUAUGUAAGUGCAAUUAGGACCGGUUUGCCUUGAACCGGUUGACAAAAAUCGGUUUCUAAGCCUUUUUUCGGGUGAUAGCGGGUGUCCAAAUACUUUGGAUCCUGCUCUGUAGUUCAAUAUAAUUUUUACUCAAUUGACGAUUCAUACAAGCAUUUUAAACUGGUGGCUACAUAAUGUAUAGUCAGCUGUUCGUCUCUUUCUCGCACUCAUUACAAGGUAAGAGUGCGAGUGAGUGAACUGUAUGUUUAUACGUUUAAAGUCGACAGUUCUAAACGCGAUACCUCCUUUAGUUUGCUUCGAACUAGAUGCGCGAAUGGGACGAGCGAAACCAAUGCCAUUUUGAUAACGCCAUGCUUAUUAGAUAAUUUAUUGCAUAACUUUUAAAAGUAACAAAUACCUAUCUUUAUUUUUGAAUACUUAUUCUUAUCUAUUCUAGUAUUUCAUAGCACGAAACGACAUUAAGAUAUUUUAUAAAAAGAAAUCGAUAAGCAGGAUAAAAAACUUGACACAUUCUUUCGUGUACUAGCCCUUUAUUCCUUUCUCACAAGCUUAAGGGCUAGUUCGUGCCUUUUGGGUCCUUAAAUAAAAAUACUUAUGUGCAUUAUAUUUUCAUAUUAAGUGACGGCUAAACGUAAUUUGGAGUGUCACCGGUGUGCCUUCAUGACAACUAUUUGAAGCAAACUAAUAGUAAUUUUGUUUUUGAGUAAAUCCAACGCAAUAAUGUUACAAAAUCGUCGAUAGUGAGGCUUAGUCAUACUGUACCACAUUUUAUAUCAUUUUUAUACUAUAAAACGAGAAUAUUUUGUUUCUUCAUAAGUCUUGAAGGAUUGCCUACUGUUUAGAUUUGCUCAACGGAAAAAAGUUUCGUAUUUAGAAUUAAUAAAUAAAAAAGUUUCUCGGCUUGUCGAACUUCAAUUACUUUGAUUGAUGGUCGAUAAAUCGAGAGUUACAGUUACCGAAAAGAAAAAAAAUAGUCAACAAACAACACAUCGAUUUUGAGUCACCGUCACUUGUCUAAAAAAAGUACUAUAUUAAACUAUACCGGUCGGUUCUUUUCCGUACUGCACCGGCCCGUUCCGUUCUGUACUGUACUGUAAUGUUCUAUUGCAGUACUGUACUAUUAUUACAGUACAAUACUACAUCACAACUUUUCAAAUCUAGCUUUUCUCUAUCUCUCUAAAGAUUGUUACUUUUCUUUCUUCUCGGGCUCUGUAAGACAGUAUUCGUUAUCCCUUCUGUUGAUUGUUGUUUAUUUAAUUUUACUUUGUUAGCUUUUUCGAAUACUAGGAGUAUAAUAAAACUACAAAAACCAUAAUUAGUCAUACACGCUAUCCUUUAAGGUUUUAGGUACAUAGAAGUAUUUUUUGACGGCGUAUGUACAUUUUUAUAUAAAUCGUGAAUUAAUAUUUCCUAGUAGUCAUUCAAGUUCCAUAAAUGCAACUCGUACAGAUAAUCGAAAUCGUGAGAGGUCUAUAAUCCGGUCGCCGAGCACUUAGAAUUUCGUCCAAUGACUCGUGCGAUAAUGAUGUGUAGCUUGGGUCAUUGGAGGAAAUUCUACGUGCUCGGCGACUGGGCUUUAGUAAUUGAUAGUCACUAUCAAUAGUUUUUUUUGUAGUAUUCCAUUUGCAUAGACCCCGAUAGUACCAAUUUAUCGGAUCUGAUUUACCUACUAUCGAAAGGUCCUAUUUAUCCAAUUGAAACUUAGGCCCGUAUUUCGAAUCGACGCCCAAUUUAAUUCUAUCUCAACCAUAGAAUAUGCAAGUUUUUGAUUGACUAAAUUUCAAUAUUGAGACAAUCACAGGAUAUAAUUUGUGCCUAUUUUUGAGUCUAGUCUCAUUUAAGAAUACAAGCUUUAUAAUAGAUCCACUGUAAUUUUUGGAAUCAAUAUAAGGCGAGUGACAAAGGCAUGCAGUCGCCAUUUUGAAUGAAGACAAAAAUAAUGUUUUGUCUGUGCGGGUUGUGAAAUUUACCUACGCAAUAAUUAGUCUCAUCAAAAGCAUCUAGUACCGAUUUAAUGUCUAUGUUUUAUCACUGUAUUCUCAUACCAUAUCUCUCUAAGAAAUAGAUUUAAGCAACAUUUCAUAUUAAGCAUAUUUCUCUUACUAAUAUCGUAAGCAGCUUACUCCCUUUUGUCUUAAAGCAAAUUGCCUAUGUUAGAAAGAGACAACGGUAAGUCUGUCAUACAACGAAUAUUAGUAAGAGGAC